AUGCUCCGGCUCCUGGCCUUGCUGCUCCCGCUGCUGCAGCCGCCCGCGCGCGCCCGGGAGCCCUCGGCGCAGGACGUGAGCCUGGGCGUGGACUGGCUGACCCGCUAUGGCUACCUGCCGCCCCCUCACCCUGCCCAGGCCCAGCUGCAGAGCCCUGCAAAGCUGCGGGAUGCAAUCAAGGUCAUGCAGAGGUUUGCUGGCCUGCGGGAGACAGGUGUCCUGGACCUGGUGACGGUGGCCACGAUGCAUAAACCCCGCUGCUCCCUGCCCGAUGUGCUGGGGGCGGCGGGGCUGGUGAGGCGGCGGCGCCGGUACGCUCUGAGCGGCAGCGUGUGGAAGAAGCGGACACUGACGUGGAGGGUCAACUCCUUCCCCCAGGGCUCCGCGCUGAGCCAGGAGACGGUGCGAACACUCAUGCACCAUGCCCUGACCACUUGGGGCACCGAGUCAGACCUCAGGUUCCAGGAGGUGGGUCCGCAGGGGCCCACGGAGCCUGACAUCCUCAUCGACUUUGCCCGGGCCUAUCACCAGGACAGCUACCCCUUCGAUGGGCAGGGGGGCACCCUGGCCCAUGCCUUCUUCCCGGGGGAGCACCCUAUCUCUGGGGACACGCACUUCGAUGAUGAGGAGACCUGGACUUUUGGGUCAAAAGAUGGCGAGGGGACGGACCUGUUUGCGGUGGCUGUUCAUGAGUUCGGCCACGCCUUGGGCCUGGGCCACUCCUCAGCGCCCGACUCCAUCAUGAGGCCCUUUUACCAGGGCCCAGUGGGCAACCCCGCCGAGUACCGCCUGUCCCAGGACGACCGCGACGGCCUGCAGCAGCUCUACGGGAGAGCACCCCAAACCCCAUAUGACAAGCCCACACGGAAGCCCCUGGCUCCUCCUCCCCCGCCCCCUGCCCUGCCCCCGGACAGCCCCCCCCAACCCCUCCCUGAUCGAUGUGAUGGCAAUUUUGACGCCAUCGCCAACAUCCGAGGCGAAACUUUCUUUUUCAAAGGCCCCUGGUUCUGGCGCCUCCAGCCCUCGGGACAGCUGGUGUCGCCCCGGCCCGCCCGGCUCCACCGCUUCUGGGAGGGGCUGCCAGCCCAGGUGAAGGUCAUUCAGGCCGCCUACGCCCGGCACCCGGACGGCAGGAUCCUCCUCUUUAGCGGCCCGCAGUUCUGGUCGUUCCAGGACCGGCUGCUAGAGGGCGCCGCGCGGCCGCUCACUGAGCUGGGGCUGCCCCCUGGAGAGGAGGUGGACGCCGUGUUCUCCUGGCCGCUCAACGGGAAGACCUACCUGAUCCGGGGGCGGCAGUACUGGCGGUACGACGAGGCGGCGGCGCGCCCGGACCCCGGCUACCCGCGCGACCUGAGCCUCUGGGAGGGCGCGCCGCCGGCCCCCGACGAUGUCACCGUCAGCAACACGGGUGACACCUACUUCUUCAAGGGUGUCCACUACUGGCGCUUCCCCAAGGGCAGCAUCAAAGCCGAGGCAGACUCCCCCCAACCCAUGGGUCCCAAGUUCCUGGACUGCCCCGCCUCCAGUGUGCGCCCUCCGGUCCUCAGACCCCCCAGAGCGACCCUUAAACCUGGAGACUGCGACUGUCAGUGCGAGAUCAGCCAGGCUGCAGGGCGGCCUUCGGUGCUCCUCCUGCCUCUUCUUUCCCUGCUGGUGGGGGGUCUGGCCUCCCCCUGA